AUACAGGUUUCCAGGUGCAGGUGAGCAGCUCACAGUCAUGCAAGAUUGAAACAUGUACAUGGUCACAGCUUAAGUGUCUCAGCAGCUGUAGUCUACGUGAUCAAACCUCCUUCAUCUGGUACAAGAAUGGGCAGAAAAUUAAGGAAGAAGCACCUUCUUAUUCAGACUACUUUUAUCCUGCAGACAGCUAUUCCUGUGCCCUUGAAGGACAUUUUCCUUCUCCAUCAGUGUGUGGCCAUGGUCAUUCAUGCAACAGAGUGACUUACACUGACAGAAGCAUCUGUGCCUUCAAAGGCUCAUCAGUGGACAUUUCUUGUACUUACAACAGUUAUGACACAUAUAUCAGAUCUAAAUUCUGGUUCAGUCCUGAACGUAGUCUUCAGUGGCAGAAUCCCUCACAGCCUGAGGACCUUAGUGAAGACUCCCAGUAUGCAGGUCGUGUUCAGGUCCUUGAAACAGAGAGAGGACGCUCCACUCUGAGAAUCACUGACCUGAGAGAGAGCGACUCAGCUGAGUAUCACUUCAAAUUCACAGCAGGAAGCUUUGAAUGGAGGAGUAGUUUACCUGGUACAACUCUGACUGUCACAGAUCCAGAUCUCCAGGUUCAGGUGAUCAGAUCAACAGUCUACACAUAUAAUCAGGCAGAGCUGCUUUGUCACAGCAGCUGUCGUCUACCUGAUCAUUCUUCCUACAUCUGGUUCAAGAACGGACAGAAAAUUCAGACAGAAACAUCUUCUUCUUAUUCAGACUACUUUGAUUCUGCAGACAGUUAUUCCUGUGCUUUGAAAGGACUGGAGGGUUUCCCCUCUCCUUCAGUGU